GUGAUAAAUAGAAUACAUAGAGUUGGCCUGGUAUUCGGAUUCAGUCAUUCCAGACCCCAGUCCCAAGCUAGCAACACUCAAAAUUAGUUAGUUCUUGUGUUCGGAACAAAAAAGUGAAUUCACAUAUCGUGAUACUACACAGUGAUAGAAUCGAUAGAAUUCUCGAAGGAACGAAGAGAAGCGCCGAAAAUGGAUGUGAUGGGAGCUCUGGUCAAUCUGCUGCUGAUCUCGGCCUGCGCUUACACGAUGUGCUCACUGACCCUGGCGGAGCAUCCGUAUGCCUACCUGGCGGCAUCCUUCAGCCUGGUCCACGGGCUGCUGGGCGUGGUGCGCUCCUUUGCCGAAGAGCCCGACGAGUGCGGACACACCUUUGACAUCUCGGCCAGCAUACUGGAGGUCAUCCCGCUGCCACUGGCCAACAUCGAGUUCUACCUGGUAUCCGAUCAGCCGGGAGUGGCGCUGGUGCACGGCAUGUCGCUGAUCCCACUGUUCUACGACAUGAUCGGCAAGAUGAGCGAUGAAUGGGACAGCUCCACGGACACGCUGAAGGACCUAGCUCUGUUGGGCAACAUCGGCUCCACGUUGUAUCUGGCCAUCAAGGACGGCAACCAUCUCUACUUCGGUGUGGCGGCCAACGCGUUCCUCGCCCGAUUCGGCGGUGCAAUUGUCGGUAACUGCAACGUUGUAGAGACUCUGGCCAACACCGGCAUCCUGGCCCUUAUGACGUACUCACUGAGGGCUAAUUGCUAAGACUUCAAUUUGAUCGGUUCGCGAAAUAAAGCCAAGAAAAAUCAGCAUUUUAAA